AUAAAACCUAUUCUAGCAUCUCAUCGUUUUUACAUAUCUUUCGAAAAUAGCAUAUGUAAUGACUAUAUUACUGAAAAAUACUUUUUACGUCUGUCACAACUUCUCGUUCCUGUUGUUUUGAAGAGGAAAAUUCUGGAAGAUUUGGGACUUCCGUCGGACACUUUCAUUGCGCUUGAUGAUUUUGGAAGCAUCAGGGAACUGGGGAAAUAUUUGAAUAAGCUUCGCGUGCAUGAUAAACUUUACGCAAGGUACUUCAACUGGACGAAAACCUUGGCAAAACCACUUAUCUACAGAAGUGAUGCAUUAUGCAAAAUUUGCGAAGACAUCUACAACGGGGACCGGUUCGAAAUGAGGAAUAUCGUAGAUUACUAUAUGAAUAAGGCUCAGUGUGUUCACUAAAG